AGAGAUAGGUGUCAAGCAACGGAGGCGCACGCGACUCGUUUACGAAAUGCUUCCCUCUUUUUUUAUCCCCUUCAUGCGAGCACCAUCCUCUUCAACGUGCGCUGGUCUCUCUAACUAUGUCGUUUUUCUCUUUCCACCGGAUCUCCCAUCCUCUCUCUUCUUCAGCUAUAGAAAACGAGAGAAAGAAAAAGGAGAGAGAGAGAGAGAGAGAGAGAGAGAGAGAGAGAGAGAGAGAGAGAGAGAGAAUUUCUCGCGUUCAACGGAAACCUGCGCAAAGCAACGGCGACGGUGCGCUCAAACGAGGAGCAGCAUCGGGCGGACGCGCGGUGGCGGUUGGCGUCGUCAGUCGUAGCGAGCGAGCGUGGGAGAGUGUAGAGAGAGAGAGAGAGAGAGAGAGAGAGAGAGAGAGAGAGAGAGAGACAGAGAGAGAAGGACGAGAGAAGCUGCGGGUACCGGGCAAGAGCGAGAGAAUACGCGCGUGAUAACCGAUCGGAGAAAGAAGGCUCGGCGUGGAACGGGGGCGGAACAGUGGAGAGAGAAAGAGAGAGAGGGGGAGAGAGAGAGAGAGAGAGAGAGAGAGAGAGAGAAUACGCGUCCGCGUCUUUUCGACGUCGACGCAACCGGGUUGGCGCAGAAUAGCUGCUCAGUGCUCGUCGAACGGCGCCGCGCUGUGACGGGACGAUGCCGCCGCGCCCUGCGCCACCGAUCGACCGAUCUCAGAUGGUGUAAUCCGUGGGAGCCAAUGAUCAAUUUGAUCUGCGAUCCUUGCUGAAAUCAGCCGAUCGAUCGUCGAUCAUCGCAAGCGGGGCAGAAAAUCAAGAUGUGACGCAAUGUAUCUUUGACAGUUUCGCAUUAAAGAUCAAACGCAUAGCGGUGGACUUAAUAAGGGUAUCCUGGACGACAUGAACUCGAGCGGAGAGUCCGGCGGAACGAUGUCGGAAGAUUAUGAAGUUGGAGGCUGCAGCGUCCCGGAAGAGGAAACGGGCUCGAAUCUACCAACAUGGGAAGCGGUGGCAGCCACCUUGACUUUGGGCUUCCUCGUGCUGGCGACGGUGUUUGGCAACGCAUUGGUGAUCCUGAGCGUGUUCACGUACCGGCCACUUCGGAUUGUCCAGAACUUCUUCAUCGUCUCGCUGGCGGUGGCCGAUCUCGCGGUGGCGAUACUCGUGAUGCCAUUUAACGUAGCCUACCUGCUACUGGGCAAAUGGAUCUUCGGCAUUCAUCUGUGCAAACUGUGGCUGACAUGUGACGUGCUCUGUUGCACCGCCAGUAUCCUCAAUUUAUGCGCCAUUGCGCUGGAUCGUUAUUGGGCGAUCACCGAUCCGAUUAAUUACGCCCAGAAACGCACCCUGAAACGAGUCCUCGGGACAAUCGCGGGCGUGUGGAUCCUCUCGGGUGCGAUCAGCUCGCCGCCGUUAGCCGGUUGGAACGACUGGCCAGAGGAAUUGGAACCAGGCACUCCCUGUCAGCUUACUAGACGGCAGGGUUACGUUAUAUACUCGUCUUUGGGCUCAUUCUUUAUACCGUUGCUGCUGAUGAGCCUGGUUUACCUGGAGAUCUUCUUGGCGACGCGUAGGAGACUGCGAGAACGGGCCCGACAGAGCAGGCUGGGUCCGGUGCAGUCCACCAGACAUCGCGAGACCGACGAUGCCGAGGAGUCGGUCAGCUCAGAGACGAAUCACAAUGAACGCUCGACGCCCCGUUUACAGGCGAAGCCAUCGCUAAUCGACGACGAGCCUACCGAAGUGACGAUAGGUGACAACGAUCGUCGUACCACUGCGUCCACCAGGCGAGGUGCCGGCGCCGGCGAUGCCAUCCCUGACACCUCGACCGUCUACCAGUUCAUCGAGGAGCGACAGCGGAUUUCGUUGUCCAAGGAAAGACGCGCGGCGAGAACCCUGGGUGUCAUCAUGGGUGUCUUCGUCGUCUGCUGGCUGCCGUUCUUUCUCAUGUACGUCAUUGUGCCGUUUUGUCCGGCCUGCUGUCCGUCUGAGAGGAUGGUGUACUUUAUCACGUGGCUCGGCUACGUUAACAGCGCUCUGAACCCCCUGAUCUACACGAUCUUCAAUCUUGAUUAUAGAAGGGCGUUUAGGCGGCUGUUGCGAAUCCGCUGAAAGCCCUUGCGGCUAUCGCGUUUGGCCUUUGGGCUUUGGCAGACGAGGAGGAUCCUCGUGAUUUCGUUCGGUGUCUGGCCGUCCGAAUCUCUCUCGCCGUUCGCGAGCCACGCGGUACCUCGAGCGGUGAUCGGUUAUAAUAGCCUCUACGUCACGACUUCUAUACUCACGGAAUUUCCGUCUGCUAGCCAACAGGAGUCGUUAAGUAAGUUCUUCGUCCAGGGAAAAGCGCGUCGCUCGCCGUAUCAUGCCGGGUACGAUACGUCGUAAAUUAAUGGAAAUUCAGAUGUCUCGCUUAUCUCGAUCGCUUGUUCGCGCACAGCUCGUUAUGUUUCGCGGCGAAAACUUGACGCAGUCAGCACAGAGACGACGAUGAUGGCGACGUGUUAAACGAAACGACGAAGCGUCGCGGAGCGUGAACUCCGGAGUAAGUAAGUUAUCAGUAAAUUCGCAGGAUUAUUACCGUUUUAUACCAAGUUACGAACUAACUCUACGAAACUUGAUAAUUUAUUUUCCUUUACCACGUUUAAUUAAGGUAUCGAUCCUAUUAACCUGAAUAAUUAUGUUUAUCCGGUGAGUAGCGAUGAAGAAAGCACGGCCAUAAUUCUUUAUAUCAAAGAAACGUAUUACAACUAUCAUUUAUGUCGUAAGAAGAGAGAAAUAUACGCAAAUUUUCUCAGACAGUAAAUUUUGAUGUCGUAAACGUACAUAACGAAAGAUUAAAGAUUGUUUUCGCGAAAAUUAUUGGAAUUGGUAGAACCAAUUAAUCUAUCGCUAAUAUACUUGACUCCUAAAUCAAACAUUCACAAAGUUUUUGAAUUAUUACAUGACUUUCAAAGUAAAUUUCUUUUUUUAUGGAACGAAAAGUUGAACGCCAUAAGAAUCUUGAAAAUUUUCUUCAACUAGUAUAACGGAUUGCCGUGGCUUCGAGAGAGCCCGAAGAACGAUGUGCACUUACCGUCGGUACUUCCCUGAAAAUUUAUCAGGAAUCCUAAGAAAACGUCGAGAAAAUGGAUGGUUUCAUCCUAGAAAUUUACGAAGCGCAUCGCAAUCAAGAUUGGCAGCCGAGCCGGUGGCUAAUCCGACCCUGAAGUGCUUUCAAGGGAGAAAGUUGAAGGGAAACUUUUUGCGGGAGUGAUAAAGGAAAUUAUGCUUCCUGUGUUGGCCGGCGACCACUUUUCCCGAAUAUCAUUAUGUAAAAUUUCGUCAAUCCUGUAUGAAUUUUCUCUCUUCUAUGGUUUGGAUCAUCUUUUCGAUGAUCAAUCUAGCUGUGCUGCAAGAUGAUUAAUGAUCGAAUUAGCUCUCGUGAUCGUAUAAAUGAGAUUUAUCAUUAAAUCGAUAUAAUGCUCGAUAUCAGAAUUGUAAUAGAAUCGAGGUCAUCGAGGAGGUCUCGCAAGAAGCUAUAACCGUCGUUUCUUUCCUUCUGUGGCUUCGAUGAUCAAUCUAGCUGUGCUGGAAAAUGAUUAAUGAUUGAAUUAGCUCCCAUGAGCGUAUAAUUGAGAUUUAUCAUUAAAUCAAUAAUCCUCGAUACCGGAUUGUAAUGGAAUCGGGGUCAUCGGAGGAGGUCUCGCGAGAAGCCAUUGUCGUUUCUUUCCUCGUCGCGCACAGAGUUUCCGUCUUCUCGACGCACGAGCGCAAAUAUUUCCGUAGAACGUCAUCAAGUAACUGUCUGACGAUUUAGCUCGUCGGCGAGACGAGAAAGAAGGAGACGUGCUUUUUCUUCUACCAACGACAACGGAGAAAUAAUCGUACGUGCGUUUUAGAUAGAUCCGGUAGACGUGCGUACGUCCACCGAACGUUAACAAUUGCAACAAGUAUUACGGUUGUGAAUAAUUAAUAGUCCUAAUCCAUAAGCCUCAAUCGCGAGGCGCGUAGCGUAAGGAAACAACGUAAGAGGCAUUUGUUCGUCACCACCGAGGCGGUCGUUUAUUCGGAGCGUGACGUUAACAACGCCGACCUGCACACACAAUCUCUGCGGUUUCAAGACUCGCACGGUCGUGGCCGCGCCGCGCGUCAUAUAAAAUCUCACUUUAAACCGCCUCCCAACGUAUUCACGUUGACACGCGAUAAUAUCGUCACGUAGCGCUACAAAAGUUUCCCGGAAUCACCGCUAUUUAUUAUAAUGACAGCCCUAUUAGUUUAUUAAUAGCCGAUUUUUCUUCAGUACCCGGAUGGCGCGCUCCAGCGUUCAUUUUCAACUUUUUAACACUUUAACUUUCGCGACCCUGGAUGGCUGCAUCGUCGUUUACUUACAUCUUCAUCUUAAUUCGUUGCCGAAACAUAUUUACAGUUACAAAUAAUAUAAUCAAUAGAAUGAGCGUUCGUUACUCGUUUAUACAAUAUACAUUCCUCUGAAAGUUGAAAAACUCUAACUUUUGUCAUUUCACACGAAAGUAUCGAACGGGAGGCUUGUAUAUUGGAAACUUCUGUUUCAUUGAAAAUUCUUCAGGCAAACAUAAAAUCGGAAGUGAUUCGUCGAAACUUUUCAUUAUUAAGAGUGGUUUUGAAGAAUACAACUCUUGAGUGAAUAUAUCCGGUCUUCUGUAUGUUUCUAUCGUUCAAUGAGGCAUCGAGGUGAUUACGGGAUACCAUGUAGAUCUGCGUACAUGCACACACGUACACACAUACUUACACACACAUCCGUAUACUUUGACAUAUGCGAAGUACUAUUUAUAUGACCACAAUACAAUUUAAAGUAUCUUUAAGGGUAAAAAAAAACGAGGGAACAGACGGCGAGAAAAUCGCCAUCUCCUCGAGUGCCGCGCCAAACAGACAGAUUGAAAUGAAUUCCAGGUGAGAAGGACGAAGAAAAUAGAUCGGACGAUUAAUACGACUCGGUGGUAAGCUCGUCACCAGGGCACUCUAUAAUAAGGUUGUGAUAAGGUUG